AUGGAUGCAGGAGCCGCCCAGUAUUUACAAGAAAAUGUCGGAGGAAUCUUAGCAAAGGCGCUCGCAGAGAUGGCGGUGGUGCAGCCCAAGGACGGAGUCGACUUUCUGUCGAAGUGGCUAAUGCAAUAUGCUGAACAGGAAGAGGCGAAAGAACAGAGAGAGCAGGUGGAGAAAGAGCUGACGCAGCUAAGGUCACAGACCAGGUCGAAGCGAGACGAGAAGGAGCAUUCGAGGCAGCAGAAGCUGUCAGAGACGCAGCAGCUGGAAUCCAAGUACAGCUCUCUCUUUGAGAAGUUUAGCAGCGACGAGAUGAUGUUUGAGGACAAGCUGUGGCAGGAGCUCGUUGAUGUCGCGCAAGCAACGGCCGGUGCUUCGGCAGUAUACCUGGGCAUUCUGGAGCAAGGAGAGGAGGGCGGUGAUCCCUCCGGCCCCUACAUCAGUUAUGAGUAUGCCUCCAAGGGAUCAGAGUGGAUGACGGAACAGACUCUGGCUGAGGGUAAAGGAGUCACCUGGGGCGCCCUUACCGAAAAUCCAGCCGACGAAAAUUUCAAGGAUCUUUGUCUUUGGAAGCCGCCAAGUGUAGAGCCGGUACCAGAAGAACCUGCGGAAGGGGAGCCACCUGCAGAGAAACCCGGUGUCCCGUACUACCCCGUCAGCAUCGAAUGUGUCACUGAUGUGGAGAAAGUGCAUUACUUCGACAUGACGCGGCUUGGAGCCUUUCUGGCCAUCCCGAUGGUGUACCAGUCGUACUACCAGAGUGAUGCAUACACGGAUGCCAAGACGUUCGAAGAGGAGAAGAAGGCAGACGCUCAGAGGCGUGCUGAAGAAGCUGCUGCAAGAGCAGCAGCGAUCGCGAAUGGCGAGGUCUUGGAGGACGCGGAGCCUGAAGCUGUGGAGGAGAAGCAGCUGGUCAUGCGGGGGAAUGAUGUGAAAAUGAUUCUUUGCCUGGACACCCUCGGCACCAACACCUCCUUCGAGGAGGGAAAUGCUGUGAAGGUUCUGGAGCUGGCUAAGGCCUGUUGCCAGUCCAAGUCCAAGACGGAAUUCAAGCAGGUGGAUGCCCAAGUGUUGACCGUCAUCGAUGAUGAAACGCGAGCACAACAGAACGAGCAGAUCACCGAAAUUGACGCGAACGUCGAGCAGAUGCAUGCAGAGCAGAUAGAGGCUGAGGAGGCCGAAGCCACGGAUGAGGCUAGAAAGGAAGUCAUUCAGAAAAAGUUUGCCUUCUUGCGUGCUUUGGAGGUGGCCAAGGAACUCUCCCCGAUGAUUGGCAAUUUGACCAGCUGGGUGUACGCAACGCCCGAGCUUCUGAACGUUGUCGCAGCACUCGCACAUUUCGCAGGCUACACGAAGGCAGACAUCUAUCCCAGGAGAAAGACGACCUUAAACUGGCAGCGCCUGAAGCAGAUUCUACAGAAUCCGGUUCAGUUACUGGAAAAGGUUGGCAAGGUUGAAGUCGAGGGUCCCAGGAAGGGUGUUCUUCCGGAGCACCUGCAUGCCUACAUCACGCAGCUUGGGUCCCCUGCAGAAAUGGAUGCCGAGAAGGCGAAGGAGAUUGCGCCCGCCUUCUUCCUGCUCUUCAACGUGCUUCAGGCCGGGUGCGCCUAUCGCACAGCUGACCUGGAGUUGCGGAAGGCAGAGUUCAACAAGCAGAAGGAAGAAGCGGGCGAGGAGUACGAGGGGCCUGCCUUGGAAGAGCUUGAUGACGACUUCCAGACGUCCUGA